CGUUGUCAUAUUCUGUUCCUGGUUGAAAAGAUGGCGGCUAAUCAAUCUUUGCGCCAAUUAGUCCCUCCAUCCCUGUCUGCUAAAGUGGAAGGGUAUGUUGACAGCUAUGUUUAAUACUCUUAUGAUCCGUGUUUUAACUAUAUCUAAGCUAUACAAUCAAAGAGACAGUUCAACAGAAUUGUGUUUAGUCAGGAAGACGGCAGCGUGGUACGUAGGCUAGCAGCGCCAGCUAACGUAAGUUGGCUAGCAAGCUAUAUCACAUUUUACAGCUAGCUAGCUAACUUAGCUACUGGAAGUAGGCUAGUGUGAUUAAGUUUAGCUUUCUGUAUUGGCACCUGAUAGUUCCUUGGCUCCUGGUCAAUCAAAUUACAGUUCAGAUUCACUUUUGUUAGCUACAGCAUCUAACGUUACCAACGACGCGUUUGUUUUUGAAUGCUAAUCAGACCAGAUCAAUUCUGAAUGAAGUGGCAUCAAUAAAUGGUAUAUCUCUGGUGCUAUUCCAGCAAACAUUUAAAAAAAAUGUGGUUUAGCCUUGAUAGCUGAUGUCAAACGAUUUAAGCUUUAAAAACAUGUUUUGGCUUAAAAUAAGGAGGACUGUAGGAACUAGAACUGGGGUGUUACGGGGGGCCAGUAUGAAAAUGUAUGCACUCACUAACUGUACGUCGCUCUGGAUAAGAGCGUCUGCUAAAUGACUUAAAUGUAAAACUCUUACCCUACGAGGUCCGGAGCCUAAAGGCUUUCUGUUCUACCUGAUAAUUAAUUCCACCCACCUGGUGUCCCAGGUCUAAAUCAGUCCAGGUUAGAGGGGAACAACGGAAGAAAAUGCAGUGGAACUGGCUUCGAAGUCCAAAGUUGAGUUUGAGGGAUAUAGAAGAUUGAGGAAGUAAGGAACCAUAGAUGUCAGAGAUGGUUUGAUCAGAUGAACAUGUGUGUCUAUCCUUAGUUCACCUGGGGGGGGGGGGGGGGUAGGUCAAGCCAUGCCCGUUCUCCGUAGUUGCCUCAGGUGCUAAACUGUGAGGAUUCAUAACUUAGUUGUUGUCAGCAACAUGUCAAGAAAUUGCAUGGGCUGAGUCAGAUUGAUCUGCACCCUUCCUUAAUUGUACAGUAUGAGUCAAAAGUUUGGACACCUAGUCAUUCAAGGGUUUUUCUUAAUUUUUACUAUUUUCUACAUUGUAGAAUAAUAGUGAAGACAUCGAAACUAUGAAAUAACACAUAUGGAAUCAUGUAGUAACCAAAAAAGUGUUAAAAAAAUCAAAAUAUAUUUUAUAUUUGAUAUUCUUAAAGUAUAGCCACCCUUUGCCUUGAUGGCAGCUUUGCACACUCUUGGCAUUCUCUCAACUAGCUUCACCUGGAAUGCAUUUCCAACAGUCUUGAAGGAGUCCCCACAUAUGCUGUGCACUUGUUGGCUGCUUUUCCUUCACUCUGCCUCCGACUCAUCCCAAACCAUCUCAAUUGGGUUGAGGUCGGGGAUUGUGGAGGCCAGGUCAUCUGAUGCAGCACUCCAUCACUCUCCUUCUUGGUAAAAUAGCCCUUACACAGCCCGGAGAUGUGUUGGGUCAUUGUCCUGGUUGAAAAACAAAUGAUAGUCCCACUAAGCCCAAACCAGAUGGGAUGGCGUAUCGCUGCAGAAUGCUGUGGUAGCCAUGCUGGUUAAGUGUGCCUUGAAUUCUAAAUAAAUCACAGACAGUGUCACCAGCAAAGCACCCCCACACCAUAACACCUCCUCCAUACUUUACGGUGGGAACCACACAUGCGGAGAUCAUCCGUUCACCCACACAGCAUUUCACAAAGACACGGCGGUUUGAACCAAAAAUCUCAAAUUUGGACUCAUCAGACCAAAGGACAGAUUUCCACUGGUCUAAUGGCCAUUGCUCGUGUUUCUUGGCCCAAGCAGAUCUCUUCUUCUUAUUGGUGUCCUUUAGUAGUGGUUUCUUUGCAGCAAUUCGGCCAUGAAGGCCUGAUUCACACAGUCCGCUUUGAACAGUUGAUGUUGAGAUGUGUCUGUGAAGCAUUUAUUUGGGCUGCAAUUUCUGAGGCUGGUAACUCUAAUGAACUUAUCCUCUGCAGCAGAGGUAACUCUGGGUCUUCCAUUCCUGUGGCGGUCCUCAUGAGAGCCAGUUUCAUCAUAGCGCUUUAUGGUUUUUGCGACUGCACUUGAAGAAAUGUUCAAAGUAAUUGAAAUGUUCCGUAUUGACUGACCUUCAUGUCUUAAAGUAAUGAUGGACUGUCGUUUCUCUUUGCUUAUUUGAGCUAUUCUUGCCAUAAUAUGGACUUGGUCUUUUACCAAAUAGGGCUAUCUUCUGUAUGCCCUCCCUACCUUGUCACAACACAACUGAUUGGCUCAAACGCAUUAAGACAGAAAUAAAUUCCACAAAUUAACUUUUAAGAAGGCACACCUGUUAAUUGAAAUGGAUUCCAGGUGACUACCUCAUUAAGCUGGUUGAGAGAAUGCCAAGAGUGUGCAAAGCUGCCAUCAAGGCAAAGGGUGGCUAUUUGAAGAAUCUCAAAUAUAAAAUAUAUUUUGAUUUGUGUAACACUUUUGUGGUUACUACAUGAUUCCAUAUGUGCUAUGUCAUAGUUUUGAUGUCUUCACUAUUAUUCUACAAUGUAGAAAAUAGUAAAAAUAAAGAAAAACCCUUGAAUGAGUAGGUGUGUCCAAACUUUUGACUUGUAGUGUAAAUCGAAACGUUGCUCCUAAUUUGUCAUGUGUUUCUUCCUCACACAGCUCAUUUGCAUAUCUGACAGUGAGAGACAGGUUGCCGACCAUCCUGACAAGAGUCAUUGACACCAUCCAUCGCAACAAAAACAAGUUCUUUGAGGAGUUUGGAGAGGUAAGGAUAACCAUCAUCACUGGUCCAUCCUAAGCCACUGUGCUAUAAUCAUCCAAAUGUUGGACAUUUUGAAUUUCCUGACACAUCCUGAUCUCGGAUCAGCCUAUCCUCCCCCAAGUCCUUAUAAUAAACACACCAAAUUGACCUUAGAUCAGAGUCUAUGGUUCAACUUCAUCCUACUCCUCUUCUAUAUCAAAUCAAAUUGUAUUGGUCACAUACACAUAUUUAGCAGAUGUUAUUGCGGGUGUAGCAAAAUGCUUAUGUUCCCAUAGGAGGGAGUCCAGGCAGAGAAGAGGACCAUUGGCUUUCUUUCGAAGCUAAGAAAUGAGCUGCUGACAGACAAGCCUAUCCUGGUUCUGUGUGACGGCCUGGAGGACACUGACAGCUGGAACCAGUACCUCCAGAGACAGCAGAGGCUACUGGGGGAGCAGGACCCCGUCAGCUGGUUCAAGUCCCCCUGGCUCUACAUAGAGUGCUAUAUGUACCGCAGGAUACAGGAGGCCAUCUGGCUCAAGUGAGAACCAGUGCUGCUAAAUGUUAGCAUUAGCUUAGUCUUGAGAAGGGAAUGCAUAGAUCAGGGUUUCCCAAACUCGGUCCUCGGGACCCCAAGAGGUGCGCCAUCUGAUUUUUGCCCUAGCACUACACAGCUGAUUCAAAUAACUAAUCAUCAAGCUUUGAUCAUUUGAAUCAGCUGUGUCGUGUUAGGGCAAAAAUCAAAACGUGCACCCCUUGGGGUCCCGAGGACCGGGUUUGGGAAACGCUGGCAUAGAUGAUAGUGUUUCAUGAUGAUUCAUAAACAUCCCUGAUAAUCCCAUUUCAACCAAUGUUAUAACUGAUUUAUCAACUAUUAAUAUGCUACCUAUAAACCCUUUAUACAUGAUACAGUAAUAUAAAGAGUUAUCCAUUUAGUGUAUGUGUCUUUUAACCUUUCCCUUCUCUCUUUGUGUCUGUGCCAGUCCCCCCAUCAGCGACUUUGACGUGUUUAAUGAAAGCAAGACGCAGAGUUUCUUUGAGUCCCAGCAGGCUGUGAUAUCCCUGUGUACAUAUCUACAGGGAUUCAACAGGAACAUGGACGACCUCUCAGAGACACAGCUCAUGGAGCAGUUCCACAAACUACUACAGGUGAAUACUGCCAACAAUAUCAUAGGUGAAGAUGUGCAAACUUCAGGGGUUUAUUAAAAGGGGCCAGCUAAAUGUUGAUUGUUGAAAAUGAAAGUGAAUUGAAGUGAGGGGGGGGGGGAUUAUCACAGAUCAGGUGAUGUUUUGUCAUUUAAUCCCAAAUGUUACCAUCACAGUUUCUGUGAGUUAAUGUCUCUCUUCCUGCUCUCAGGUGUCUCUGUGGGGGAACAAGUGUGACCUGUCCAUCUCUGCUGGCAUGGAGAACUCUCAGAAGGCCAGUCCCAUUGACUCCCUGUCUGACCUGAAGUCUUUUAUCCUGGUGGACGACUCCAACAUGGUGUGGUCUGCUCUGACCUCUGCCCAGAGACCAGGGGAGGACGGCAAAACCACCCCAGGGAGGGUGGACAUCGUCCUGGACAAUGCUGGCUUCGAGCUGGUCACAGACCUGGUCCUGGCUAACUUCCUGGUGUCCUCUGGUCUGGCCAGGGAGGUCCGCUUCCAUGGCAAGUCCAUCCCCUGGUUUGUCUCCGACGUCACCGCACACGACUUCCAGUGGACCAUCCGCCAGACCCUGGCGGCCAAUCACAAGUGGAUGUCCAAGAGCGGCGUCCAAUGGCAGAGCUACGUACAGGAGGGCGUGUGGUCCUAUCACGACCACCCAUUCUGGACAAUGCCUCAUGAAUACUGUGACAUGGCGGGCGACGCGCCUGACCUCUACGCGACCCUGCAGGGAGCCGACCUGAUUCUGUUUAAAGGAGACCUGAACUACAGGAAGCUGACUGGGGACAGGGAGUGGGAUCACAUGGUGCCGUUUGAUAGGGCACUGAGGGGGUUCGGGCCAGCCCCCCUGUGCAGUCUGAGGACUCUGAAGGCUAACAUCCAGGUGGGGCUCCAGCCGGGGCAGGGGGAGAACCUCAACACCCAGGACCCCAGCUGGAUGACCAGCGGGAAGUACGCUGUGGUCCAGUUCUCCAGCCCUCACAGGGAACAGUAGACCUGUCUGGCACAGGAAGUGACGUCAACAUGUUCAUAAGAAGUGGUGUCAUCAUAAUCAGAGGAAGUAAGGGCGUGAGCAGGGGAAGUGUACUUGUAACCAUAAGCCAGGUUAGAGGUGUAGUGUGUUUUGUCGUAGAACUUCCUAAUGUAUUUAAAAUCUGAGAGUAGUUUAAAGGAGGAUGGUAGAGGGUACUUCAAAAAGAGGAGGGGAGAGUGUUGUUAAAUAUGGAGUGGCUGCGGAUCCGACUUCUCUGGAACCCUCUUCCCGACAGCUAAAGGGCCGAAGCUUCUGCGAAUGUGCGGGAUUCUCUACUUUACACAGUCUCUGCUCUACUCGUUCAGCUGCCCAGAGAACAGGCUACUCUGGCGAAAGGUGCUUGUUUAAUAAAGUUAGAGCCAAGCUGAAUCAAUGUCUGUAAGAUCACAUAAUGAUAAUAUUCUACAGAACCAAAUAAAAUAGCGUAGUAUAAAACACCUAAUUUCUUAUGAGAUUUUAGGAUGAUUGUGAGAAUGGUUACAUAUUUCUCUCAUGCAGCCUAAACUCAGCAGCGCACGCCACUCAGCAAAGGAAUGCU